AUGUCCGAUCCACUUUCGAUAGCGGCCUCUGUCGCUGGCAUCGUUUCGCUCUCAGCAGCUGUGUUCCAGCAGGUCACCAAAUUUGCCAAAGAAGCAAAACAUGCUGAAAAACAUGUUAAGGAGCUCGCGAGCCAGACACGAAAUCUCUCCGGCGUCUUGCAGAACCUUGCGCUACUGGCAUCGUCUCUAGAAGAUCAGGGGUCAGCAACCACUUUCAGGGCGCACCAUCUAUACGCAUGCAGCAAUACACUUUACAAGGUUGAAGAACGCCUUAAAAAGGCAGAACAUGACUUUCUUUCAGGUAACAAAGCCAAGACUGUUCUCCGCAGUUUGAAGUGGCCGUUCUCUGCCGAGGAGACGAAAUCUUUGUCAGCAGACAUGGCUACUCAUCGUAGCACUCUUGAGCUGGCUCUGUCGGCGGAAACCCUCGACAAAUUGCUGCAAUCUUUGGCGAGUCAAGAGGAGAUUAAAGCCGGUCUUGAUCUCUUGUCGCGUAAGGUGGACCGCAUCAACGAAAUCCAGACCCGUGUGGAAAUUGACGGCCGACGACGAAAAGUCAUCGAUUUCUUUCUGAAGGUUAACCCUCAGCCAAAUUUGCAGACAGCAAUGCGCCUCCGACAACCUUUGACCGGAUUAUGGCUCACUGAAAGCAAUCAGACCUAUCUAAGGUGGCGCGACAUCCCAAGUUCUUCACUCUGGCUCAGCGGUAUCCCCGGGGCUGGGAAGACAGUUCUCUGUGGUGUCGUCAUCGAUGAAGUCCUACAAUUGAGCAAUGAUUCAACGGCAGUCGCUUUCCACUUUUGUGACUACAAGAAUCAGGACAGCCAAAACUUGGUUAAUAUUCUCUGUUCCAUCGCUGUUCAGCUAUCCCAGCAGAAUGGAGAGGCCUUUUCGUUGCUCGAGGACCAGUUUGAACUUUUGAACCCUAGUGGGAAGCUUCCCAAAGAACCAGAGGCAGGAAUGUUACUGGAUCUCAUUCCUAGGCUUUCAUCCUUCUAUGAGAAGGUUUAUCUUGUCGUAGAUGGCGUCGACGAAUGUGGUGCGGGCAUGGGUGAAGUUGCUGCAGAGCUAAGGCAGCUUUCGGAAGUUUGUCGCACCCUCAGCCUUGCUAUAUUCAGUCGAAACGAGCAAGAAAUCCACGAAGAGCUCUCUGAGAGCUUCGCACACCUUGAAAUAGCAGCGCAUACGAAGGACAUUGAUCUUUAUGUCUGCGCGGAGAUGGGCAAACGAAGGCAGCUCAAGAAGAUAAGACUCCAAAGUCCAGAUUUGGCUGAAGAAAUCCGGGAAAAGCUUGUCAAUGGAGCCGAAGGAAUGUGA